AUGAGCUGCACAAACACAGAAUACUCCACAGAAGCCCCAUUAAACCGGGAACCACCGGUUAAGGAGCUCGUCUCAAAAUUUAUAACACCCGACUCAAUAUCCUACGACCGAAACCAUGGCCCAGUCCCGCAUCUAUCCGCCGACACCCAUGCCGUCCAGAUCGACGGGCUCGUCGCGAACCCCAUCCGCCUAAGCGUCCACCAACUCACAACGGAGUUUCCGCAGCACGAGGUCUGGUGUGCGCUCGAAUGCGCCGGGAACCGACGACACACAAUGCGCACAAUGCUCAAGGAAGUCGAGGGGAUUGACUGGGGUGAUGCGGCGGUCAUGAAUUGCAGAUGGAAGGGGCCGAGGCUUAGGGAUGUAUUACAUCGUGCGGGUGUACUACGCCAGGGCCAGGCGCAAUCUCGAACUAAGACUGAUACUGAAGUUGGAACUGGAGCUGGAACUGAAGCUGGGAGUCCCUUGCAUGUUGCGUUUUCGUCGUAUCAGGUCCCGUGUCAGGAUGAUACAUGGUUUGGAGGGAGUGUCGAGUUAGAGAGGGGGUUGAGUGAAGAUGCAGAGGUAAUUCUGGCGCUGGAAAUGAAUGGUUCACCGCUGCAGCCAAACCAUGGCUACCCUGUUCGUGCUGUACUCCCCGGAAUCGCGGGCGCGAGAUGGGUUAAAUGGCUUGACAGGAUCACAGUACAGAAUGAGGAAUCGACGAAUUUCUACCAGCGCCGUGACUACAAGGUGCUUCCAGAGGAGGCGGUUGAUAGGGAUUCAGCGGAACAGUUCUGGGAUCGGACGCCCGCGAUGUCUGAAGUGUCGAUUAACUCUGUUGUUGCUGUACCGGAGACCGGCGAGACGGUUUAUCGAUCUGAGGCUGGGAAGCUGGAGGUGAAGGGAUAUGCGGUUCCUCAGGGAUCAAGCGGGCCUGUGACGAGGGUGCAGGUCUCGGGCGAUGGGGGGAGAACGUGGGUGGAUGCGCAGAUCGGGCAGUCGGAUCCGGAUAACUUACUUGGAAACGGGGCGAGGAAGUGGUGUUGGGCUUUGUGGAGGGCUGAGAUUGAUAUUGAGCCUGGAGCUGGGAGGGAGGCUGUGAGUCGAGCGGUUGAUGCUGGGGGGAACCGGCAAACAGAACACACGCAGUGGAAUCUAAGAGGAGUUGGGUAUAGUGGAUAUGGGAGAGUGAGGAACCUGACUGUUCGAUAG